AUGUCCUCCAGUGCCCAUUUUCCCGAUGCAAACCACUUUCAGCAACAAUCAGAUGAGUUCAUCACCUGGCUAUCUAGUCUCCCGGGCGUCAAGUUGAACCCUAAGAUCCAGAUCGCUGAUCUGAGGGCCAGCGGCGCCGGCCGGGGUGUCGUGGCUCGACUCGAUCUCGAAGAAGGCGAAGAGCUUUUCACCAUCCCCCGCGCCCAUGUCCUCUCCGUUCAGAAUUCGAAUUUGAAGGACCUGGUCUCCCACGACCUAGAAGAACUUGGACCAUGGCUGUCUCUCAUGGUGGUCAUGAUCUAUGAGUAUCUUCGCGGCGAUCAGUCCCCCUGGGCACCGUACUUCAAAGUCCUUCCUCGGAAUUUUGACACCCUGAUGUUUUGGUCCCCAGCCGAACUUGCGGAGCUCCAGGGCAGCGCCAUCGUGAACAAAAUCGGACGACAGGGCGCAGAAGAAUCCAUACUCGAGUCCGUAGCUCCCAUUGUUCGGGCAAACCCUUCCCUGUUCCCUCCCAUCGACGGUUUAGCCUCUUUUGACGGAGAUGUCGGUACACAAGCUCUCCUCCACCUUGCUCAUACCAUGGGAUCGCUUAUCAUGGCCUAUGCGUUUGACAUCGAGAAGCCUGAGGACGAGGCGGAACGCGAUGGGGAAGAUGGCUAUGUUUCAGACGAAGAGGAAGGACAAUCGUCUAAAGGCAUGGUCCCUUUGGCCGAUCUGCUCAACGCAGAUGCCGAUCGCAACAAUGCUCGCCUCUUUCAAGAAGAAGAAAUUCUUGUUAUGAAAGCUAUCAAGCCUAUCGCAGCUGGCGAGGAGAUUUUUAAUGACUACGGAGAGAUCCCCCGGUCAGACCUUCUGAGACGGUACGGGUAUGUCACCGACAAUUAUGCUCCGUUCGAUGUCAUCGAGGUAUCCCUCAGCAAUAUAUGUCAGGCCGCGGGUCUUUCGAGUGCUGAUGUCGAGUCGCAACCUCCGCUCCGGUUCCUAGAAGAGUUGGAACUCCUUGAUGACGGCUAUGCCAUCCCAAGACCCUCUCCUGAAGAUCAAUUGACAGACAUCCUUCAGGAUGAAUUGCUUCUGUUGCUCAAGACUCUAUCGUUGUCGCCAGAACUUCUGCAGAAGCAAAUAUCCAAAAACAAGCCUCCCAAGCCGACGUUCGGCGAAGCCGAAGCUACCAUACUUGGUAGAGCACUGGAGCUUAACCAAGCGCACUACCCAACAACUAUUGCACAGGACCAGGGGCUUCUUGCUCAAUUGGGCCAGCCAGGCGCCUUCAACCCUGCUGAUACCUAUGCGCGCCGCAAGGCGAUGGCUAUUCAAGUCCGCCUUGGCGAAAAGGAAGUUCUCCAAAGUCUCUUUACGAUGCUCAACGACCAAAUCAGCAAUCAGGCCAACGGGUCCGCGGCCAAGCGCCCUGCCAACGACGACCACGACGAAUCGAGACGCCAAAAGGCUUUCAGGUCUUGA